AUGCUGCCAAAAUUCGAAAUCAGGAUGGCGAUUUGCUUCCCAGAUCACAGCCGCCGGCGUUUCCUGAUCUGCAUCGAUGACUUCCUGGCUGCUACUUCUACAAGCUUCGAGGAGGAGGCCCACAGGUGGCAUCGAGCUAUGCUCAUGUCCCACGAGAAAAAUAUCUCCCGGUCUCUCACAUCCAACCACCUCUCUCCGAUCGUUCCCUUCGCCUAUCUGCAGGUCUGCAUCCACACAACACAAGCCCACGCCCACGCCCACGCGCCCCCAAACCCAAAACCCUACCACGCCUCCGCGCCCAUGGCCCCUACCGCGCCGCAGCCGCCCCGCCCCUCCGCCGCCGCCCCCUCCGCGGCGCCGGUCGACGCGCUCUUCCUCCAGAACCUGAUGAACCGCGUCCAGCUCCGCCCGCCCUUCCUCGACACCAACUCCUUCCUCACCCAGGACCUCGACGACUUCCUCCUCAACGAGUUCGCCGCGCUCUCCGCCGCGGCGGGCGAGUCCUACGACGACGACGACGACGACGAAGAAGGGGAGGACGGCGGCCUCUCCGACGGGGAGGCCUCCGGGGAGGCCAGGCGGCGCCGGAUGCUCUCGCGGGAGGAGGCCAAGCUGGAGAAGGAGAUCGUCCGGAUGGUGCUCGCCGGCGACGGGGACGCCCUUAAGCCCAACUCGGGCCAGUCCGUCGCCGUCGGCGACCACCACGUGUGCGUCGGCUUCCACGACGAGGCCGGCGGGGAGUACCGCGUGUGGGAGUGGCACGGCCACGUCAUGCUCUUUGACGACGAGGACGGCUACUCCGCCGAGUACAUCUACGGGAACCACUUCGAGCCGCUCGCUGCCGCCGCUGCCAGGGCCAAGCAGAAGGAGAAGGAGAAGAGAGAGAAGGACCUCACCUCGGGCCUUCGGGAUUUGAUUGUGGGUGAUGGGGACAGUGCCAAUGGCUUGAAUUUGAAUGGCAAUGGCGGAGGCCCCAGGGUGGUGCGCAGGAACGUCGUAAAUGCCCCUGCAGCAGCGCCUGCAAGGUAAUCCUUUCUAGCAGUUCCACCGGGCUGCUCGAAGUGAAUGCAUCAAUACCAGGGGCAGAGCCAAUAAAGUUUAAUCUUUUUUCUCUAAUGCUUGUUUAAGCGGUCUCUUUUGAUCUAAGGAGAAAGGCUCUGUAAUUCACUUUUGGCAUGAUAUAUACAAUGUGCCCACUGGAUUUUGGGAUGGAAUUUUUAUUCAA